AUGAUAGUUGAAAACCUCUACUUAGUCUUGCCACUUCUGCUCUUGUUUCUAAACUGCAAUGGGUGCAUGGAAGAAGAAAGAGAAGCUCUCCUACAAAUCAAAAGCUCAAUAAACAACCCAGAGGGAACUGCUUUCUCAAACUGGUAUGGAGAAGAUUGCUGCCAGUGGGAGGGAGUUGAAUGCGAUGUUUCAACCUCUCUUGUCAUAAAGAUCCUAUUUCAACACCGCCGGAGGGAACAAAGCUCGACUGGGAAAUGGUAUCCCAAUGCUACUUUGUUUGCUCAGUUUAAGGGCUUGCAAGAGCUUCACCUGCCUGGCAACCAAAUUGAGGGAUUCAUAGCACCUAAAGACUUAUUUCUUACACACACUUCUACUCAAAAUAACUCUGCAGCAUUGCACGAACUGAAAUACCUGCGAAAGGUGGAUCUCCGCGACAAUUUGAUAGCAGAUGGUUCUCAUCUCUGUUGGGGGAAUAUGCCUUCUCUUCACUUCUUGGAUAUAUCAAGAAAUAAAUUUCAUGGAGAUAUUCCAAAGUGCCUUUGUGACAGCCAGUCCCUUAGAGAGCUACAACUUUCUAACAACCAAUUACAAGGAAACAUUGAUGCAUGCUUCAGCAACAUCACUACUCUCAGGUAUCUGGAUCUCUCUUCUAAUCUGUUCAAUGGAACCUUUCCGUCAUCCCUAUUCCACAACCUACCAAAUAUUGAGUCCUUUAUCAUCUCACGCAAUAAGUUCAAUGAUGCGAUUUCAUUAGCAAUUUUCGCAAAUCUAUCAAAACUUACACACCUUGACAUUUCAUUUAAUGCUGAUUUAGUGAUAGAAACAGAAUCCCCUGCUUGGUCUCCGUCUUUUAACCUGAAUCAGCUUAAACUGGCUGCUUGUAACCUGAACAAGCAAACAGGCAAAAGAAUUCCCAGCUUCAUAUCCACACAGUACCAUCUGCAAUACCUAGAUUUAUCUUACAAUUCACUUGUUGGAAGCAUUCCCUUUUCGCUGCUAUUCAAUGUCUCUUCAGAAUUGUGGAUAAGAGGCAACAACUUGAGUGGUUCAUUCCCCAAAAGUCAAGGAAACAUGAGCUCCCAGCUAGCCGUACUUGACAUUUCCGAGAAUCUUCUGUACGGGUCACUUCCUGCAGAUAUCAACUCCAUUUUCCUAGAGUUAUGCCACCUAAAUGCCUCUGGGAAUAAUUUUGAUGGCAGCCUUCCAGAGUCUUUUGGUGCAAUGAAGCAACUUCAGAUUCUGGACUUAUCAUACAAUGAUUUCGAAGGAAAGAUACCCCACAGCAUGAAGAGUAAUAUAACAUCUUUUCAAUAUUUGAAGUUAUCUGGUAAUAAUUUGCAAGGAGAAGCACUUCCGAGGAAUUCCAGUUGGUGUGACCUGCGAUGGCUAUUUCUUGAUAGCAAUCACUUCUCAGGAUUAUCUCUAGAUAGUCUGUCAAAAUGUUCCUCUUUGCUAAUGCUUAGCGUUCACAGUAAUGCCUUGUCUGGUGAGCUUUCAAGAAACUUCCCUGUCGUCCCUCAAUUAAGAGUACUGAUUCUAGGAGAAAACCAUUUCAAAGGGCGAAUUCCCCUCCAGUUGUGCCAGUUGAAACACUUGCAGGUUUUGGAUCUUUCACAAAAUGAUCUCUCAGGUGAUAUCCCCACAUGCCUUGACAACAAUACUUCUUGGACUGAAGGAUCUAUUAGCGAAGAUGUUGAAGCACACUUUUCGGCUGAUGCCGCCAUUAACUUCACCCAGAAAGGAAGAACAUUAUCGUUCAAAGGAAGAAUUAUGCUUUAUUUGUCGUGCAAUCGACAUUUCUUCGAAUAA